CUGGGCCCGGGCUGGAAGCCGGAAGCGAGCUGAGUGGAGCUGACUCGAACUCCACCACGGAAAGGAAAGCCCCAGAACGUUCGCUCGCUGCGUCCCCAUCGGGGCCGAGCCCUCCGCGACGCCACCGGGGCCAUGGUGGCCGCACGCAGCCCGCCGCCCGCUGUCCCGGGCCCCCCGCUGGGACGGCUUCUGCUGCUCCUGGGCGUGCUGGCCCCGGGUGGCGCCUCCCUGCGACUCCUGGACCACCCGGCGCUGGUCUGCUCCCAGCCGGGGCUAAACUGCACAGUCAAGAACAGUACAUGCCUAGAUGACAGCUGGAUUCACCCUCGAAACCUGACCCCCUCCUCCCCAAAGGACCUGCAGAUCCAGCUGCGCUUUGCCCACACCCAGCAAGGAGACCUGUUCCCCGUGGCUCACAUCGAAUGGACACUGCAGACAGACGCCAGCAUCCUAUACCUCGAGGGUGCAGAGUUAUCUGUCCUGCAGCUGAACACCAAUGAACGUUUGUGCGUCAAGUUUGAGUUUCUGUCCAAACUGAGGCAUCACCACAAGCGGUGGCGUUUUACCUUCAGCCACUUUGUGGUUGACCCUGACCAGGAAUAUGAGGUGACUGUUCACCACCUGCCCAAGCCCAUCCCUGACGGGGACCCAAACCACCAGUCCAAGAAUUUCCUCGUGCCUGACUGCGAGCACACCAGAAUGAAGGUAACCACGCCAUGCAUGAGCUCAGGCAGCCUGUGGGACCCCAACAUCACUGUGGAGACCCUGGCGGCCCAGCAGCUGCGUGUGGGCUUCACCCUGUGGAAUGAAUCUACCCAUUACCAGAUCCUGCUGACCAGUUUUCCGCACAUGGAGAACCACAGCUGCUUUGAGCACAUGCACCACGUUCCUGCGCCCAGACCAGAGGACUUCCACCAGCGAUCCAACGUCACACUCACUCUACGCAACCUGAAAGGGUGCUGCCGCCACCAAGUUCAGAUCCAGCCCUUCUUCAGCAGCUGCCUCAAUGACUGCCUCAGACACUCCGUGACUGUUCCCUGCCCAGAAAUGCCAGACACUCCAGAACCAAUUCCGGACUACAUGCCCCUGUGGGUGUACUGGUUCAUCACGGGCAUCUCCGUCCUGCUGGUGGGCUCUGCCAUCCUGCUGAUCGUCUGCAUGACCUGGAGGCUAGCCGGGCCUGGAAAUGAAAAAUACAGUAAUGACACCAAAUACACCGAUGGCCUGCCUGCGGCUGACCUGACCCCCCCACCGCUGAAGCCCAGGAAGGUCUGGAUCAUCUACUCAGCUGACCACCCCCUCUACGUGGACGUGGUCCUGAAAUUCGCCCAGUUCCUGCUCACUGCCUGCGGCACGGAAGUGGCCCUGGACCUGCUGGAAGAGCAGGCUAUCUCGGAGGUGGGAGUCAUGACCUGGGUGGGCCGCCAGAAGCAGGAGAUGGUGGAGAGCAACUCUAAGAUCAUCAUCCUGUGCUCCCGUGGCACGCGCGCAAAGUGGCAGGCGCUCCUGGGCCGGGGAGCGCCUGUGCGGCUGCGCUGUGACCACAGGAAGCCCGUGGGGGACCUGUUCACCGCAGCCAUGAACAUGAUCCUCCCGGACUUCAAGAGGCCAGCCUGUUUCGGCACCUACGUAGUCUGCUACUUCAGCGAGGUCAGCGGUGACGGCGACGUCCCCGACCUGUUCGGCGCGGCGCCGCGGUACCCGCUCAUGGACAGGUUCGAGGAGGUGUACUUCCGCAUCCAGGACCUGGAGAUGUUCCAGCCCGGCCGCAUGCACCGCGUGGGGGAGCUGUCAGGAGACAACUACCUGCGGAGCCCGGGCGGCAGGCAGCUCCGCGCCGCCCUGGACAGGUUCCGGGACUGGCAGGCCCGCUGCCCCGACUGGUUCGAGCGUGAGAAUCUCUACUCGGCCGAUGACCCGGAUGGCCCGUCCCUGGACGAAGAGGUGUUUGAGGAGCCACUGCUGCCUCCGGGAACCGGCAUCAUGAAGCGGGCGCCCCUGGUACGCGAGCCUGGCUCCCAGGCCUGCCUGGCCAUAGACCUCCUGGUCGGGGAGGAAGGAGGAGCAGCAGUGGCAAAGCUGGAACCUCACCUGCAGCCCCGGGGUCAGCCAGCGCCGCAGCCCCUCCACACCCUGGUGCUCCCCGCAGAGGAGGGCGCCCUGGUGGCAGCGGUGGAGCCUGGGCCCCUAGCUGACGGUGCUGCUAUCCGGUUGGCACUGGCGGGGGAGGGCGAGGCCUGCCCGCUGCUGGGCAGCCCAGGCGCUGGGCGAAAUAGCGUCCUCUUCCUCCCUGUGGACCCCGAGGACUCGCCCCUUGGCAGCACCCCCAUGGCGUCUCCUGACCACCUUCCAGAGGACAUGAGGGAGCACCUCGAAGGCUUGAUGCUCUCGCUCUUCCAGCAGAGUCUGAGCUGCCAGGCCCAGGGGGGCUGCAGUAGACCCGCCAUGGUCCUCAAAGACCCACACACACCCUACGAGGAGGAGCAGCGGCGGUCAGUGCAGUCUGACCAGGGCUACAUCUCCAGAAGCUCCCCGCAGCCCCCCGACGGACUCACGGAAAUGGAGGAAGAGGAAGAAGAGCAGGACCCAGGGAAGCCGGCUCUGCCACUCUCUCCCGAGGACCUGGAGAGCCUGAGGAGCCUCCAGCGGCAGCUGCUUUUUCGCCAGCUGCAGAAGAACUCGGGCUGGGACACGGUGGAGUCAGAGUCAGAGAGGCCCAGUGCAUGAGGGCGGCUCCCCAGGGACCGCCCAGAUUCCAGACUUGAGAGAGGAGUGUGUGUGCACAUGGAUACACAAGUAUUCGUCUGUGUGUACGUGUCUGCAUGUGUAUUUGUUCGUGUGUGAAGUGCAGGUUUUAACAUGUAGAUGUCUGGAUUUGAAUCCCAGGUAUCCCUCUUAAGUUUUCUUCCUGCAGCCAUCUGGUUAUCUUCUCUCCCCAGGGAAUCCACACAGCCUGCUCCCAGGAGCUAAUGGUAGAGUGUCUUUGAGAUCCCAUCAUUCAUUCAUUCAGCAUUUAUGGUGCACCUACUAUGUGCCAGGCAUUUGGGAUACCAAGAUAAAUUGCAUGUGGCAUGGCCCCAGCCACGAAGGAACUUAACCACUAGUGCCAGGGACACAUUAACAAACAGGAUGGGCUGGGCACGGUGGCUCACGCCUGUAAUCCCAGUACUUUGGGAGGCCAAGGCAGGUGGAUCACCUGAGGUCAGGAGUUCGAGACCAGCCUGGCCAACAUGGUGAAACCCCAUCUCUACUAAAAAUACAAAAAUUAGCCAGGCGUGGUGACACACAUGCCUGUAGUCCUAGCUACUUGGGAGGCUGAGGCAGGAGAAUUGCUUGAACCUGGGAGGCAGAGGUUGCAGGGAGACGAGAUCAUGCCAUUGCACUGCAGCCUGGACGACAGAGCGAGACUCCAUCUCAAAAAAAAAAAAAAGGAUGGUCACAUGAGAUGUAAAAGCUGAAUGGGCUGGGUGCAGUGGCUCAUGCUUGUAAUCCCAGCAAUUUGGGAGGCCAAGGCAGGUGGAUUCCUUGAGCUCAGGAGUUCAAGAUCAGCCUGGACAACAUAGUGAGACCUUGUCUACCUAAAUUUUUUUUUAGCCAGUCAUGGUGACACAUGCCUGUAGUUCCAGCUACUCGGGAGGCUGAUGCAAGAUGAUCACUUGAGCCCAGGAGCCCCCUUAGUCACCACCCCAGCCUCCCCAUCCCUAGGCUACUUUGAUCUCUGUAGACGCCUCUUCUGGACAUGACAUAUAGAAAGGAGUCAUAAAUUCUCCAGGGUGUCUAUUUCUUCUUUAAUGUCAUUCCCUGUUUCUCCUUACAGUCCCUCCCCGUUUCCUGGGCCCAGUCUCACACUGGUCCUUGCUUACCCUGAGUAUGGUAUCCGCUCUCAGCCGAAUGCCAAGAGUUUCAAGAAUGUGUAUAAAUAAAGCCACACCUUUAUUUUUGUAUUAUUCUGAACCAUGGCUAAUAAAUUCUGUUUCACCAAGAAAUGUCUCUGUAAGAACAAAUGCCCUCCACGCUGUGCCCCUCCCACCUCUUCAGCUCCUCUCUUGAGUAGUGUGCAAAGGUGGUUCCGGCUGGAAGAGAAGCAGCUAGAAGAUGGCUAGAAGAGCAUCUAACCAUGCCUGUGUCCAGGCCAAUUAUGCAUGAGGCCACCAAGCAAGCUCCCAGUUUCAUGACUUCUUCCUGCCUACUGUCUUGAUCCUAGUUGUUUUUUUUUUUUUUUGGCUUUUUUGUUUUGUUUUGUUUUGUUUUAAAGAAUAAUUGAUUCAAAACCAGUUUCUCUUUUCUGCGUAGGAAGGUCCUUGAAGGUGUUUAGGGUCUAAAAAGGGUUGUGUUCAGCUCUGAAACAUCCGUUCAGCAGUUUGAGCUGGGAUCUCUGAACGCAAGGGUAUGAUGGAUAUACUUCUUUCUUGCUUUUGUUGUGUUUUGGUUUUUUGUUAGUUUUUAAGUCGGGGUCUCUCUGUCACCAGGCUGUAUUACAGUGGUGCAAUUAUGGCUCACUGCAGCCUCGACCUCCCAGGCUCUAGCAAUCCUUCCACCUCAGCCUGCCCAGCUAGCUAGAACUACAAGCACGCACCACUGUGCCUGGCUAAUUUGUGUGUAUGUGUAUUUUUUGUAGAAAUAGUGUUUCACCAUGUUGUCCAGGCUGGUCACAAACUCCUGGGCUCAAGCCAUCUGCUCGCCUCGGCCUCCCAAAGUGCUGGGAUGAUAGGCAUGAGCCCACCGUGCCUGGCCUUUCCUAUUUAUCUUUGAAAAUUAAAUAGGGCAUAAGAGAGAAGAAGAUGUACUUACAAUGCAGUGGGCUGUUUUAACUCUAUAGCCUUUGGGCUCUGCUUGGUGCUCCCCUUCCUAAAUAGACGAGGAGUAUGCAGGGCCCUCUUCUGCGUUAGCGCCCUGCCAGCUGGGACUCCAGCAAGACCUGGGGCACCUGAGGGCAGAGUGAGAUGGAGGGCCGCUGCUCCAGCAGCCGGGCCUGCGUCCCACAAGUCAGGUAUGUCGGACAGAGGGUCCUUCCAAAGAAGAGGCAGCAGGGUUGGGGGCUGGCCAGCUGUUCAUCCGCCCUAGGUAGCUUGCUCCUCUGUAAAGUGGGUGGGGCAGGAGUUACCACCUCAUGGUAUCCUGGGAGGCCUGCAGUAUCCCUGAGUGGCACCAGCCUGCCUCUGGGGCAGAGCAGUUUGUGCCCCCUGAGGUACCACUGAGCCUCGUUCCCUGCUAUUAGGUAUUGCUCUCUCCCUCCAGUGUUUGCCUUUUCAGAUUAUAAAAGUAAUACGUGUUCCCAUACUUGGCAUCUCUCAGGAGCUCAGGAAGUAUGUGGCUGAGUGAACAUGUCCGUUGUGGGAAAAUGGCGACAAUAUGGAUUCCAGGGGUAUAUUUUGCAGAAGAAGAUAAAGAAAAGCAACUACCCCUAAACCCAUGGCACAAGCUGUUAAUGUUAAUUCUAUACCCAACACUUUGCCCACGGGGCCUCUCCUCACUCUGCAGUGGCAUCCAGGUCCAUCUUGCCCUGCGCCUCUGCAUGGCUCUCCAUGCCCCCAUUGCCUCUCCCAGAUCCUAGCACUGGGUCCACACUCGUACCCUGUCCAUUUAAAUUGAUGGAGGUGAGCAGUCAUCCAGGUGGGCCAGUCUUCCCUGUGAGAGGAACAUGCAGUCUCCUGUCUCGUGGUUUGAAGGGUGCCAGGAAGCCUGGCCCAGCCCACCUCUCCCUGGAGUCCUUCCCAGGAAGAAUAGCCCCUUAGGUCAUUGACCGUAGGAUGAGUUCACUCACUGGAUCCUUCCUCUCUGAUGAGACAGGAAGAAGGUACACAAUGACCGGAGGAGAGGGAGUAGAAGGAGGGACGCAGGUGGCUCGCUGGCCCCUGCAUUUGCCUGCUUCCUUGCAUGGGUGUCCCACUGGCCGCCUCUGCUCACCAGUGUCAUGGGAUUCUCACAGAAGAUGAAAACGGCCCCUGCUUUUUUGCUAGCACGGCUGAGCUUUCAUGGAAAGGAAGUUGGACCCAAGCAACAGCCGACCACUAAAGGUUGCAUGGAGCAGUGCAGAUGUGGGAGGAAGAAGGGUCUUGGUGCACACUGGCUUUUCUUCCUGACUGCGGUGCGGCAUUGUGCCAGCUACCUCCUCUUUCUGGACCUCAGGAAAAUGGAGAGAAAGCAGCCCUGAAGGUGGCUGUGAGGCGGGAAGGGGCUAAUGUGCAGAGGGCCUGACAGUCAACCACAUGCUAUAUUUUCCUGUUCUUCCUUGGGGCAAGAACUGCAUGGCCAGACUCAGGCAAGGCCUAGGUGUGGCCUGGGCAUAGCCUACACAUGAAGAGAUCACUCCGCGUCCCUACUGCACCUGUCACAAAGCGCCUUCUGAUAUGCCUGGCAAACUAAAAUCGGUGAGCGCCAGCUUACUUCCCUAGAAGACAUUUCUAAACAUUCAUAACAUGCUUGGUCAAGUCAAUCACCUUAUUUUGCAUCCACUCCAGGGAGAAAUGAAGACAUGGUCCUAUGUUGCUCUGUAAUUAUUUUCUAUGUAAAUUUUGUUCCUUGUUACAAUUACACAUGUCUUAGGGGAAAGGACCAUUUCACAUGUAUCACCUCAUGUAAUUCUCACCACAGUCCUGUGAUUGCUCCUGUUUUAUAAGUAAUGACGAAGUUCCAGUUGAUGGCCAAAGCCACAGCUAACGAGAGGAGAGAGCCCAGGCUCCCAGGAGCUUCCACUCUCAGACCUUGCCUCCCGGGCUCUCCUGAGUCAAACCCCUGUGUAGCCUUUGCCACAGCCAGAAGCAGCAAGCUAGGGUCACAACACAGGGGCUGUGUGAUACUGGCUGCCUCUGUGCUAAGAAGACCACUAUGUGUUUAUUUUGGUGCAGACCCAAUAUUCUUCCUUAGACUUAAUACUACCCUUCAUGUUAAAAUAAAACCAAACA